AAUCCUAUAAUUCAACAUAAUCCCAUGAAAAUGACAUUUUAUCUUGGUUUUGUAGCAUUUCGAAGUUGCAAUUCCAAAAUUAACAAUUUCAUGAUCAUAAUUAACAUCUACAUAACAAUAAAAAAUCAUAAAUAUGGCAUGACUCAUGACUUAAAAAUGCCAUGUUUAAGUACUACAACUUUCAGAUUUAGACCUUUCGUCAUCCACAAGAGUCGUCAUUAUUUUUGUCUCUUUUAGUUGACAGAUGGAACUGCAUGCUGCAUUCCAUGGAUAAACUAAACUAAAUCCGCCAUUUUUUCUUACAUCACACAUCAAAUCCAAUACAAAUUCCACUAUUAAUGUACUCAGAUCUCCUCCUUAAAUUUCCAAGAAAAACUCAAUAGUUCAGAGUUUUCCUUAAAUUCAUCAUUGUAAAACCCUAAUUUCCGAGAAUUUAGGUUAAUCUGUAAAAAAAAUGUCGUCUUCAGAUGCAACUUACAUUAGUAGACGGAGCAGCCGUGGAAUUGUAGAAUCGAAUUCAAUUGAAGGAGAUGCAAGUACAAUAACAAGUAGCAGUAAUAGCAACAAUGGCGGUGUUAGCAACACUGAAACAAUAAAAUUGUAUGAAGCAAUUAUAUUUUCUGGACCAAUUGUGUUCACAUUGAUCAUCCUUUUCUUGUUUUACUUCUUUUAUCUUCGCCGUCAUAGUGUUGAUUGGUCUUCUCUUCGUAUGCGCGCUUCUAAUUCCGCCGCUGCCGCCGCUGUCGCAGACGAUUCCAAUGAUGUUGGGGUGGCUGAGUUGGGGCUGAAGAAAGAAUUCAGGGAGAUGCUGCCAAUUAUUGUUUUUACAGAGAGUUUUUCUGUUAGAGAUACACAAUGUUCAGUGUGCCUAGGGGAGUAUCAAGCAGAAGAUAAGCUUCAACAGAUACCUGUGUGUGGACAUACAUUUCAUCUGAACUGCAUUGACCAUUGGCUAGCUACUCGUAGCACCUGUCCACUCUGUCGGCGUUCCCUUAUCAGUGAAUCCAAAACUCCCCCAGCCCCAGCCUCAGAGUCUGAUAGUAAUAAUCAGACUGACAGUAGAUUUGACAGCACGGAGAAUGUUGAUGACAUCCUUCGCCGCAAUAGACUGCAAAUUAUAUCGGUGCGUACUGUGAUCUAGCUUCUGAUUGCUGGAGAAUCAGCGACUUGAGGGAUUUCUCUAAAGGUAGGACCUGUACAGAGAAGACAAAAGGUAGGAUACGAGAUGGCUCUAGGUAAUUCUGAUUAGCAGUUAUGCUAUGGUAGUCAGUGCUGUGUUGAUGUCUGUCGUUGCUACAGUCUGUGUGAGGAAGUGGAUGACCUUUUUUUACCGAGAAAUAGAUACCAUAUGGACUCAUAGUUCGGUGUGAAAUCAAAGCAUUGUAUCCUGUCUGUGCUUUCCGAUGGAGGAAAUCUGCAAUUGUCCAAUCUUUGGAGGGGGAGCUAAUGUUUUGUGUAAUCAGUGCUCUCUGUACUGUGUAAAAUUAUGUAAAAACUAGUUAGUUGCAGUGAAACUAAGUGGAUUUAAAUUGUGGAGUACAAAAAUAACUUUAAAAGGAGUAGGUUGCCAAUUGUUUCUCAUGUUGAUGAACAUUUGGAUGUCAUAAUUCGCCAAUUAUUUACAUAUCUAUCGUCAUGAUGGAACAAACAAAUUUGUAUUUAUUGUUGAGGUGUCACAACAAUUAUUAUUAUUUUUUGAUUUGGACA